AAUGUGUAGUAAAAUAGGGUGUGCUAUGUUUAUGUGCCAAUGUGAAAUCUAUAUUUUUAUACAAUGUGCAACUGUAGGUGACUUUGAUUUGAAAAAAAAAAUAUGGGAUUAAAAUAGUAAUUUAUUUUGAUAUGUUGAUAAUCAUUAUAGUUUUAUGAUCAGAAUUUUUGGAAUAGUAAAAAUGAUUGACAGGAGGUAAUACUAGUAUAUAUGAAAAUCAGAGAUUGAACCAAAAUGCACAACUGAAUCACUCCAGGCUAAUUCUACUCCCAUAAAAAAAAACUUGGAUCUAAAAAUAGAAUCACUAUGAAUUCGAAAAUGAGAGGCCACACAAAACUCACGCAAAUAGUGGAGAGAUUGACCUUUGAUCCACAAAAAGGAUGAGAAGAAUCUGCCAGAGGGAGAUGAAAAAGUUUGGUCAUGCAUAUUCAGAUUGAAGAAAAAAGAAAGAGUCGUAAAACAGAGAUAAAAGAAAGAAGACAAAAAUGGUUGGAAGCAAGGAGAAACGAGACAAGAGACUCCAACAAGUCUCUCUCCUUCGUACUAUUCCUUACUCCGAUCACCAGAGGUGGUGGACCUCUGAAACUGUGGCGGUGGUAACAGGUGCGAAUAGAGGGAUAGGAUUUGAGAUGGUGAAACAAUUGGCUGGACAUGGCUUAACUGUUAUUCUAACAUCUAGAGACGAGAAUGUAGGCGUCGAAGCCGCUAAAGUGUUGCAAGAAGGUGGGUUCAACGUUGAUUUCCACCGCCUUGACAUCUUGGACACUUCCUCAAUUCAAGACUUCUGCCAAUGGAUUAAGGAAAAAUAUGGAUUCAUUGAUGUUUUAAUAAACAAUGCAGGUGUAAACUACAAUGUUGGAACACAUAACUCCGUAGAGUACUCUCAUAUGGUUAUAUCUACAAACUACAAUGGGACAAAAAACAUAAUCAAAGCCAUGAUUCCAUUGAUGAGACAAGCUUCUACAGGUGCUCGUAUUGUCAACGUCACCUCGAGGCUUGGUAGAUUAAAAGGCCGCCACAGUAAACUUGAGAAUGAAGCUGUGAGAGCUAAGCUUAUGGAUGUGGACUCUCUGACAGAAGAAGCCAUCGACGAAACAGUAUCUGAGUUUCUGAAGCAAGUGGAAGAAGGAACGUGGGAAUCUGGAGGUUGGCCACAUUCUUUCACAGACUAUUCCGUCUCCAAAAUGGCUGUGAACGCGUACACGAGAGUACUAGCGAAAGAACUAUCUGAGAGACCAGAAGGAGAGAAGAUAUAUGCAAACUGCUUUUGUCCCGGUUGGGUGAAAACCGCGAUGACCGGUUAUGCGGGGAAUAUCUCAGCAGAGGAUGGAGCUGACACUGGAGUCUGGCUUGCAUUGCUUCCCGAUCAAGCUAUCACUGGAAAGUUCUUUGCCGAGAGACGUGAGAUCAGUUUCUAAAUGAGAAAAAUGGAUGGGACUUGCUUCUUGUGUUGUUCUUACUCGUUUUUUUCUUAAGAAAGAAAGCUAUUUAAAGUUAGUUUUAUAUAUAGUUUAAUUGUGAAAGAUAUAAGAGUUGAUAUGAAUAAAAGUUUUACCCCUUAAAUUGUUAGUUUUCUGCGUUUCUAUUAUGAUAUUUUUUUCGU